AUGCAAAAUAGCAGUCAUGACGUCAAAGAGUCGAAAGGCUAAAUAAAUUUUUGAGAGUCAGAAAUAUUUUUGAAUUUCGCGGGAACUACUUUGAACACGGCUUCACAAUACAUAUCGUUUACUGAAAAAGUUUUAAAUUAAAUUUUAUAAAUGUUUGAUCAUUUCAAUAAGAUAUUCAUGUGAAGUUUCAAAAUAAUUGCUUCAACUUUCCUCAUUAAACUAUCAAAAAUAUUCUUUUAUAUUUCCUUAUGGGUUUUCUUUUCUUUUAAUCACCUCGUGAAUUUUUUUUAAAUCAUAUUGUUCAUACGGUUUUACUACAUUAGUGUGAAUAAAUUUUCAUUUACUAUACCAAAGAGAGAAGAAAACGUUUUAAGGUUUUUACAUACAGGUCAGUUCUAUUAUGCCGUAUUCAAAGUAGUUUUUCGAAAUUAAAAAAUUUUUGUAGCUCUCCGAAAUCUUUUUUUUUGCUUUUCUGUCUUUUCUUCUUUUUCCGGAAUUAAUUUGAACGCGGCAUUAUUUCCGAGUAUUUUAAAGGCGCAUAGGGUUCUGCGUGCGUGAAACAUUGAAAGUCUCUGGCUCCUCCCACAGCUGGGCGGCGCCAGAAGGAGGACGCGAUUUCGUCAUACCCGCUACUUUCACUGUCAUUUCUUCACGCUUCGUUCACUUGCCGUCUUUUUUUUCUGUUUUCGUCCGGUCAACGAUCACACAGUUCGAGAAUAUUAAACUGCUAGAAACAGAGAAAAGUGAGUUCAAAGCUUUUUUUAAAAUAUUUUUUAUAAUUUUUAUCACGGUUUAACGAAUUUGAAAAAAUGUUGGGAACCCAUUGCUAAAGUUCAAAUAAAUUUUUCCGCCAACUGCGCUUGAUUUUGCAUAGCUGUAACGUUUUUUGAAAGUUAAUGGGUUAAAAUUUUGAAUUUCGCUACGAUUUCCACUUCUUCAAAAUUAUUUCUCGAUUUUAGCACCUUUAAGCAGACCAUUACGCUGAUGUGAAUUGGCAGAAAGUAAUCAAAGCUGUGUCAAAAUAAUUUUUUCGAAUGUAAAUGAAAAAGCUGUUUUCCUUUCCAAUUUCUGCCGUGCUUCUUUGAAAAAUUGAAUAAAAAAGAUAAAAUCUUUCUGAUCAUCACAACACUAAAUUCAACAUUGCCACUUUCCGACUUUGCAGAAAUGAUGAUUUUCUUUGAGAAACGUCUCUGGGAGAAGAAGACAAGCGCUCGCGAUGCUGCCACGCGUGAGCCGAAUAACAACCUUAAGUGCACAAGUAAUAGGGGCUUGCCCUCUAUGGCGAGAAAAUUCUCGGGCUCCCCCUAAACCAAUCACACCUGUGAGCAAUUGUCAGAGCUUUGCCUCCAUCAACGCGCCACUAUGUAGUGAUUCUCUCAGGCAAAGAAGGUUUCAAGUAACUGCUCAAUUUUUCAUGAUUACUUUUUUAUAGUACCAGUAUUAAUCAUGAUCCGUUCCUGGGAGUUACCAAUGAAGACGAUGUCAUACACGAGCUGGAGUUGCUUGAUCUUGACCGCUGGAACGCUUCAUAUUCUUGCGUCGCAUCUCCUAGUUUCAACAGACAAGUUCGUGAAGUCGAAAAAGAGCGCCCGCUCUCAUGGAUGGAUAACAGUCCCGACUUCCCGGUAAGUGAAUUUACCGUAGUUAAAUGAAAAAAUAGGCUUUAUCUCGAGUUCGAUUGCUGUGAUGAAAAUCAUGCUAAUCAUGAAGAGGCGCGAUCGCUUCGUUCUCCAUGUUGUACAAAGAAGAUAUCUGAGCAUGAUGAACUCGAUGAUUUCGAAAUUUGUUUUAACUAGUAGGCUGAAGAUUUUUGAACAUUGUUCAUUAUUUGUAAAUGAAGAGGUAGUUUCAGUCUUUCGAGUUGGACUCUAACGAAAUGGCUUGUUUGGCCCCUCCUGUUUCGCCUGAACUGAACCCGUUGGAAUUGGAUAUUGAUCGCGCUUGUAAUAGUGUAAAUUGGGAGGUUCAUCUUUCCGUCCAGGGUUUAGUCAUAAUAAUUAUUUUAAGGCUUGGACAAAAUAUUUAUCGGAAGAAGGCGAAGAGCUUCAAGCGAGUAGUCUUUGGAAGGAAUAUCAAGAAGACGCCAGCAUAGAGUCGCCCAUGGAGAGUGUUGAGAGCUUGAAAGAAGACUCUACCGAUGAAUAUUCUGUGAGUUAUCAUUUACAUCAUCUCAGUUGAUUCUGAAAGGACAUUUACCGAUUUUUGCCUAAAACUUCAUACAGCGUUCAGAGUGAUUUCAGCGAAAUAGAAAUAACUGUCAGAGAAUGAAAAAAUAACAGUUUCAGAGAGUAAGGUCCUUUUUGUUAUGCCGAAAUUACUUUGAACACGACAAUAACCUUGUCUAUGUCCUACCUUUUAUUUUAAUCCGAACCUCUUCAUGCUAUUCGAACGAAAGAAUUUUUAGGGUUUUCCAGAACAAGUAAAACAAGAACUUGAUGAAGAUUCAACACAUCCGUUAGAAGUCAAGCCAGACUUCGAAGAUGAUUUGAGCUAUUCCGGUCCUUUGACAUGGAUACCGACAGAUGACUCCAAAUCGGACGAGAAAAAAGUUUCAUUUGGAAAGAAUCCACUUAGUCUGCUUCGCGAUAAUGCGAAAUUCGGGUCUUCAAGCCCAGCCGACUAUUAUUCAGAUGAAAAAGUCAGUUUCAAAAAACGAGGAGUCAAAAUGAAGGUAAUAAAAUUUUUUUUAUUUUUAAACUAAUAUCUCUUUCCAGCCCUCGGUAGACUGUGAAACCGAUCGUAGAAGAGCUCUUAAUAGGGAGGCGGCAUUACGUUACCGUGAGAAGAAAAGAAGUGAGACGAUGAUAAAGAGAAGGUUAUUUUUUUACCCCUGCUUGGGAGUAUUUCGAUUAACUUGAUCAAAUUUAUUCAAAAAGUUUUUUUUUUUAUGUUAAGUUCAAAUUUGAAACGGGAAACAAAAGAUUUUCGCGUUCAAAAGCACGAACCUAAUCGCAGGUAAACGCGGCGAAUUCCCACAGUGUGAUUUGUCGACUCCGCCUAUCUGGCAGUAAAAAAAUUUUGAAAGGAAUAGGAUGUUGGACGUUUGCCAGAAAAGGUGAAAUUAACCAUCACGCUGUGAGAAUCCACUGCGUUUCGAGCCUUUGAACCAGAAAAACUUUCGCUGAGCGCGUGAAAAUAGCUCUCAACGCGGAAUUAGAGAUGAGACACUAAAAAUUUUUUACAUGUUUUACUGGAUAAAAAAAACAAUCUCUAAAAUAAUUUUGAAAAAGACCCUUCUAUUAUCCCAUGAUUCAGCAGAGAAUCUUCUCUGAUGAUUGAAAAAAUGUGUAUUUUGAACAGCGAUUAUCCACCUUUUCACAUCAACGUAUUAUAUUUAAUUUUUAUUUUUGAUCCCUUACUUCGUUUUAUUUAACUCUGUGAAGGCAGCCCGUGUAGAAGUAUUUGAUGAACUAAUAUACUCGAGAGAUUGAAAGUUGCUUUCACGUUGAAUAUUUAGGGAGUUACAACUUACCGUAGAGCGUAACAAGUUUCUUCGACAACGAGAGCGGCAGCUGCAAUCCGAGAUAUCCAAGCUUCGAAGCAAGUUGAGCAAUCUUGGUUUAUUGUAA